AUGCUUACCGGUGACAGUGUACAGCUGGAGGCGCUGGCGCAGCUAACCACCGUUCAGCAGCAGACCCUUAACAGAAUACAAAAGCUUACUGCAGACAACCGUCCGCAGCAGUUACGCAUUGGCCUGCUACACAAUUUUAUCAGCCAGGACUUUGACAAUGCUGAGCGGGUCAUCAACCUUAGAAAGACAAAGGGCCUGGCUGCAGCAGCCGGUUUUAUGGCCCAACAACGCAGUCCCGAUUACCUGGCGCUCUCUAAAUAUACCAUUGCACAGAUUGAAGAAGAAGAAAAUAAAUUGCUGAGCCACCGGCAGGAGGCAAACCGCCGCUCGGCUGCAAGGGUAAAUAUAUUGCUGGUAUUGCUGAUUGCCAUCAUUCUAACACUGGUAGCCAUCAUCAUCCGCACCCUGCGGUUCGACCUUAGCACAUUACGGAAAGCCGAAAAAGAAAGAAAUGACAGCGAAGAACAGCUGCGCCUGCUGCUCACCAAUGUUAAAGACCAUGCCAUUUUCACUACAGAUGUUAACGGGAAUAUUAUCAACUGGAAUGAGGGUGCAGAAAGAGUUAAAGGCUACUCGCCGGAAGAAGUAACAGGAAAACAUAUUUCACUGUUCUAUACCGCCGACAAAGUACAGACCGGCGAACCUGAUCACAACCUGGCCAAAGCAAGGGAAAGCGGGCAGUAUGAAACAGAAGGAUGGCGGGUAAAAAAAGACGGCACGGUAUUCCUGGCCAACAAUGUGUUUACGGCUCUUUACAACAAACAACAACAACUGAAAGGGUUUGCAGAAAUUACCAGGGACAUUACCGAACAAAGGAAAAAACAGGACCAAAUCAGCUAUUUGUCUAACCUGGUAGAACAAACCAAUGAUGCUAUCUUUUCCACGGAUACCCGGUUUGCCGUGCUGAGCUGGAACAGGGCUGCAGAAAAACUGUAUGGCUAUACCAGGCAACAGGUAAUGGGACAGCAACUGGCUGUUCUUAUUAAAAGCCGGCUUACAGAUGCGGAAAGAAAGAAAGCGGUAAACGAACUGAAGCAAAAGGGCUUUUACCAAAGUGAAUCUGAAUUCAGUAAUAAAAAUGGUGAGACGAUCUUUGUACUGGCCUCGGUGACCAGCAUUGUAAGCGACACCGGGGAAGUAACCGGCUAUGUGGGCGUUCACAAAGAUAUUACAGAACGCAAAAAACUGGAAAAGGCCCUCACGCUGGCCAAUGAACAACUGGAAGAAAAAGUGAAGGCCAAAGCAGCAGAACUUACCGGCAUAUUUGAAAGAAUUACUGACGCGUUUGUUGCUUUUGAUAAAAACUGGUGCUAUACCUAUGUCAAUAAAAAGGCAGGUGAGUUAUUCAACCGGGCGCCUUCUUCCCUCAUCGGCAAAAACAUCUGGGAAGAAUUCCCGCAAACCAUUCAGUCCCCUGUGCACGCCCUUUUUUUGACCUCAUUUAAGGAGCAGAAAUUUGCCAGCAAUUCCGAUUAUUUUCCACCACUGAAACUCUGGCUGGAGAACUACGUAUAUCCUUCCCCCGAAGGUGUGUCUGUAUUUAUUAAAGACAUCACGAUAGCAAAAAAGGCAGAAGAAGAAGUCUCCAUUUCCAAUGAAAGAUUUGAAAUUGUUGCCAAUGCCACCAACGAUGUAGUGUGGGACUGGGACCUGGUCAACCAGCAGAUUUGGUGGAACAAAAAUUAUUACACCAAUUUCGGGUACCCCGAAGAAGGCAGCAAUGACGCCAGCUCCUGGUACAAUGGCAUUCACCCGGAAGACAAACAAAGGGUGACAGACAGCAUUCAGCAGGCUAUUGAAAGCGGCGCACUCUCCUGGUCUGACGAAUACCGGUUCCUGAAAGCAGAUGGUACGCAUGUAUUUGUGCUGGACCGCGGCUACAUUAUGCACGACAAAGAAAAAAAACCAUACAGGAUGGCAGGUGCCAUGGUAGACGUCACCGGUAUCAGGAAAGCCGAAGAACGGAUCAUUAACAACGAACAACGUUUCAGGGCCCUGCUGCAAAACAGCGCAGACGGACUUAUACUAACUGAUGCUGCCGGCAUUAUCCUGGACAUCAGUCCUUCCGGCACCCGCAUUUACGGACACAGUUACGAUGACAUGAUUGGCAAAACCCGGCCCGACCUGGUGCAUCCCGAUGACCUGCCGCUGGUGGGCAAUGCUUUUGUAGAAAGCGCCAAACAGCCUGGUGCUAUUACCGUAUGUGAGUACAGGCACAAACUGGCCAAUGGAAAUUACCGCUGGCUGGAAUGCAGUUUCAACAAUUUAUUGCACGAGCCCUUUGUAAAUGCCAUGGUGCUGAAUUUCCGCGAUGUCAAUGAACGUAAAGUGGCCAAUGAGAAAGUAAAAACCAAUGAACAGAUGCUGAUCCGCGCACAGGAGAUUGGCCAGUUCGGAAGCUGGGAGUACGAUGCCAUUACCCAGGAAAUUAAAUGGUCCGACUCUAUGUACCGGAUACACGGGGUAAGCAAAGACCAGCCAGUGUCACUGGAGUUGUUUUUUCAGCAUGUAUACCCCGGUGAUAUCAGUAAGAUACAGUCGGUUUUCAGAAACCUGCAGCCCUCUGAGCCCAGGUUCAGGGAUGAGUACCGUUUUUUAAGAAAGAAAAGUAUUUUGGGCUACGCACUUACCACUAUCGACAGUGUUUUUGAAGAAGGCAGGCUGCGCAAGGCCAUGGGUGUGGUACAGGAUAUUACCGAACAAAAGAAAGCAGAAGAAGUAUUGCGGCAGAGCGAAGCCCGGUACCGGAAAGCACAGUCACAGGGCAAACUUGGUCAUUGGGAACUGGACAUUGUAAACAAGGUGUUCUUUUUAUCUGAUGAGAUCUAUGGCAUUUAUGAUCUGGCACCCAGGGGUGUUGCCGAAGGCUAUGAUGCCUUUCUAAAUAUUAUUCACCCCGAUGAUAAACAAAACUUCAUCACUGAACUGAAUGAGGUGCUGAACGGACAUAAAAGCAUGGACAUCAUUCACAGGAUAGUUCGCAAAGACGGAUCCAUACAGUUUAUUCACGAGAUUGCCGAAUUGGAAAGAUCCGAAUCGGGACAGCCAUUACGGCUUACAGGAAUGGCACAGGACAUUACGGAACAAAAGAUAGCUGAUGAAAAGCUGCGGCGUUCAGAGCAUAAAUACCGCCUGCUGUUUGAAAACAAUCCCAUGCCGAUGUGGAUGAGCUCCAUACCGGAGCUGAAUAUUAUUGAUGUAAACCAGUCUGCACUCAGGCAAUACGGCUAUACCCGCGAAGAAUUCCUGCGCCUGAAUUCAAUGGACCUGCGACUGCUGGAAGACGAAGACGUUUUUUUAAAAGAGAUAAAUACCGCCAGUUCCGGCCAACCCAGUACCAUGCAAUGGCGGCAUAAGAAAAAGGAUGGUUCUGUGAUUUAUGUGGAGAUUUUUAAUUACCAGAUUAUGUACGAGGGCAAACCCGUAUGGCUGGGCCUCAGCAUAGACAUUACCGAGAAAACCAGGGCCGAGGCGCUAUUAAAAAAAUCGUAUGAAGAUGUCCGUCAACUGGCCUCCCACCUGCAGGACGUCCGCGAAGAAGAAAGAGCCCAUAUGGCCCGCGAAAUACACGAUGAACUGGGGCAGCAACUGACAGGCCUCAAAAUGGAUAUUUCCUGGCUAAGCCGCAAGAAAGAUCUUGACGGGCCACAGCGCGAUCAGAAACUGAAAGAAAUAUUAACCUUCCUGGACGGUACCGUAAACACCGUAAGGAAACUGUCUGCCGAACUGCGCCCCAGCAUACUGGACGACCUGGGCCUGGUGGAAGCGCUGGAGUGGUGGAGCACAGAGUUUGAAAAAAGGUCUGGCGUACCCUGCAGUUUUCAGCCACCUGUGAGUGAUGUGCAAGUACCUUCGGCUAUUGCCAUUGGCCUUUUCCGCAUCUUCCAGGAGUCGCUCACCAAUGUAGCCAGGCACGCAAAUGCCACCAACGUUGUUUCUCAGCUGGAAUGCGCCAAUGGCAGGCUCAUACUUAAAAUUGCAGACAAUGGCCGGGGCUUCGACAGCAGCAAUACCAGCCAGAAAAAAACAUUAGGGCUGCUUGGCAUGAAAGAACGAACUUUGAUGAUGGGAGGCAGUUAUGAAAUUAUCAGCCGGCCCGGCAAUGGUGCAACUGUUAUCAUUACGGUUCCGUUCAACCACCCGGAAAACCUCUAA